AAAGCUACUUGGCGAGUCAGUCAGGCGAAAGAACUGCUUUUGAAGAGAGGGACCAUUACGCCGCUUUUAAAGCUUAUCAUUCCGCUUCGAUCCGUCAUAACAAGUUCAUCGGCUUGGAAAAUAGAUUAGGGGAUACAUCACUUUAAAAUGGAACAUCUCAGAUUUACUUCGGUUCAGAGACGCAUAAGGGACAAUCCAGUCAGUGCUUUCAUAUUCCGACCUCUUACCAUAUGGAGGGUGCUAACUCUGAUCAGCUCCAUUAUUGUUUGUGUGACACUUUUAUCUGAAGGAUAUCAGCAUCUGCCUACUUCAUCUUUCCUGAAUUGCACCCUAAAUGACAACAGCACAGCCUGUGAAUAUGGCAUUAGCAUUGGCAUUUUUGGCAGCAUCGUUUGUUUAGUAUUUUUCAUACUGGAUAUCGUCAAGCCACUGUUUGAAAGGAACUUGAUUAAAAAAGUUGUCAGCAUUACCGAUCUUUUCUUCUCUGUUCUCUUUGCCGUGCUUUGGAUAUUUGGGUUUUGCUACCUUACUCACGAGUGGUUUAUGUCAUUGCCUUAUGUGUUUGCCUUCGGUAAAAAGGAGACAGAGACUGCUAUUGCCUUUUCUUUCUUUUCAAUUCUGUGCUGGGUUAUUUUGAUAUAUCUGGAAGUUUUACAUUUCCGUGAAAAAUACCGUGAUGCUCGCAGUAUGUCGAUGGCGUCACUGAGAAGAAGCAAGUUCCCUGACAUCGGCAGAGUUGAAGAAAUUGCAGAGCCUCCAAGUCUACCAUCACCCACCAUUGUUUCUUUCAUUAUUCCUUCACCUGUUACAGAUCCAUUCGAUGAGUAAUAUAUGGCAAUGAAUGUGUAA